AUGUCAACGUUUUUUGCGCUGAAGUCUCCAUUUCAGCAGCUGUGGUAUGGCACCAUCUGCAUUGAAAUGGACCCGCUAUCUCAGCUGUGGACGGAGCGCGACGUCACGCGCCCCAUCCCACUUUGUCCGGUGCGUAACUUUACUGCUGUGCCGAUGUUUCGUGAGGAUGAAAACAAGACGGCGCUUGCCUUUAUCUUGAACCCCUCGUCACUACACACGUCCUUACACGGCAGAAACAGCGCUUGUGUGUCCCAUACCAUAUCCCCACUUUACAAGACAAAGUUGGGCAUAGCUGACUUACAUACCACCAAUGACAACGACUUUGACGUGAACAAGGUUGAAACCCGCCUCAUCGAGUUACGUGCUAGUAGUUGUAGUCUGCUUUCAGGCAACGUCGUAGUGAGCAAGCGCAUGGAGCACCUGCUGUUUGUCGGUAACCAACAUCACGGCAAGAUGCGCGUGCGCAAGUCCUCCAUCUGCUCACAAAACGAUUGCCUCCGUGCCGCUGUCUCGAGAGGACGAUGUGUGCGUCACGGUGGUGGUUCUCGCUGCACGUAUCCGAACUGCACGCAUGGUGCGCGGCUGAACAACCGCUGCUUCCAUCACGGUGGCUGCAAACUCUGCAAGAUCACGGGCUGCACUAGUAAGGCCAAGCGUUACGGCUACUGCUGGUCACACGGCGGUGGCCACAUCUGCGACGCCCCUGGCUGCUCCAAGGUCGCAGCACCUGGUGGCUUUUGUUGGGCUCAUGGCGGUGGUAACCGCUGCAAGGUGGAUGGCUGCAAUCGCCGCUCAUAUCAAAAGCACAACUACUUGUGUAAACACCACAACGCUUUACAAGUAGAAAAAGCUUUGUGA